GGUGCGACCAAGUUGCAGUCCGUAGCCACACAACCGGUUCAGGCAUGCUGGCGGUGCGACGUCGGGCGCUACGAGCCCUGUCGGCAGCUCCGCUGCGCAUGCGCGGGCUCGCUACGGCCUCGAGGGACGUCAACGAGGGUGAGGUUCUUACACCUAAAACUGUGGGACCUUACAUGUCUGAGCGGCUGGAAGAAUUCCUGCCCGAACGCAUCCGCAACUUUAGCAUCGUGGCGCACAUCGACCACGGCAAAUCGGUGCGUUCAAGACGCUAAAACGUCAGAAUGGAGUGUACUAUGAUGAUCUCUAGGUGCUGGUGUAUUGGAAUUAACUCAUUCUUUAAUGCAGACUCUGGCAGACAGGUUGUUGGAGACAAGUGGUAAUAUUUCUCGUCAGGAGCGUGAGAGCGCCCAGUUCCUCGACAAUUUAAAGGUAGAGAGAGAACGAGGCAUCACAGUCAAGGCACAGACGGCGUCAAUGGUCCACAGAGACCCGAAAACAGGAGAGACAUUCAUGCUCAACUUGGUGGACACACCAGGUCACGUGGACUUUAGCUACGAAGUGAACAGAUCCCUAUCAGCCUGUGAAGGAGUGCUGCUGCUGGUUGACUGCUCGCAGGGUAUUCAGGCCCAGACAUUGGCGACGUAUUAUGCUGCUAAAGAGAGGGAUCUGCACGUCGUACCGGUAUUAACCAAGAUCGACAUGCCUCACGCCGAAGUGGACGACAGUAUCCUGAGCUUGUCGUCGCUAUUGGACGUGGACCCAGAUGACGUACUAUUAACGUCGGCAAAAAGCGGAGAUGGAAUUAACGACGUACUUCCAGCAGUAGUAGAGCGACUGCCCCCUCCGGUAGAGUGCGAUCCUAGUGCACCACUGAGGUGUUUACUGGUCGACUCGUACUACGAUGACUAUCGAGGAACCGUUUGCUUGGUGAAGGUCGUAGACGGCGCUAUUUUCCCUGGUGACAAGAUUUAUAGCGCACACCAGAAAACGAAGCAUGAUGUCCAAGAAACGGGAUUGUUACUACCGGGACGGUAUAAGACCAAGGGGUUGUAUGCUGGUCAGGUCGGCUACAUUAUCGCCGGUAUGAAAUCCACAACGGAAGCCAAAGUAGGAGACACGUUCUUCCGUGAGGGCGCUGCAUCUGCAGAUUUGAAGGCGCUUCCGGGCUUCCAAGAGGCUCGCAGCAUGGUGUUUGCGAGCAUGUACCCUACAGACGACUCGAGUUUUGACGAGUUGCGUGUGGCUAUCGAGAAACUCACGUUGAAUGACGCUAGUGUGACGGCUCAGCAGGAAACGAGUGGCGCUCUAGGCAUGGGCUUCCGCUGUGGUUUCUUGGGGUUACUACACAUGGAGGUGUUCCACCAACGUCUAUCGGAUGAACAGGGUAUACAGGUGAUGGUGACAGCGCCGAUGGUCCCGUACACUGUGAUCGAUCCGAAAGGGAAGCAGUUUACCGUGGAGACUCCCGGUGCGUUCCCUGAAUCGACCAAGUACUACGAUGUGUUAGAACCGAUGGUAGAGGCGUCAAUUAUCACCCCGGCGUCGUACUUGGGCCCCGUAUUGGCACUUGCCAAAGAGAAGCGUGGCAUUCAGACGAACCUCGUCUACUUGGAGGAUGAGCGCGUCAUUGUGACCAUCAACGUACCGUGGCAAGAGGUCGUCACCAACUUUUACAACGAACUCAAGACUAUCUCGUCCGGCUAUGCAACGCUCAACUACCGCGAAAUUGAGCCCCAGAAAUCGGAUAUCGUCAAGGUGGACCUGCUGAUUAAUGGAAAAGUUCUGGAUGCGCUCUCCUUUGUGUGUCAUCGAAGCCGGGCUACACCUGACGGCCGAGCAUUGUGCCAAAAGCUCAAGCGCGUGAUCGACAGACAGCAGUAUGAAAUCUCUAUCCAGGCGGCAUUAGGCGGCAAAAUCUUCGCUAAGGAGCGGAUCGCGCCAUACCGCAAGGAUGUGCUUAUCAAGUCGGGUAAGACGGUGGGAGGCGGAGACAGUACACGCAAGAAGAAGUUGUUGGCGAAGCAGAAGCAGGGCAAGCGUCGCAUGAGGACUGUGGCUAAUGUCCAGCUCUCUCAGGAUGCCUUCUGGUCCGUGCUUUCCAAAUAGUACCAGUAAUGGCAGUAUACACUCUCUUGCUGACUUCACAGUACAGGAAAACGUGAUAAUACCUCUUACACUGAGCAGUUUGCUCAGAAUAUCACGUCGCGCAUCCAAAGCAAACGCGAUCUUUCAAUUCGUGGCAUAACAACGGUAACGCCCAAUUUUUACUAAAAAAAAAAGUACUGUUCGCCUCACAGGACACAAGCAAACAGCAUCAAUUAUUAACACAGCAAUUAAGCACUAAACAAAAGGCAGCGAUUUCAGCUAUUUUGUGAG